CGACCAUACGGCAUACUAUUUCAGCUUACGUCCUUGACAUGAAUUAUCAAGUAGUGUGGGAAAUGUAAGUGACUUUAAUGAAGGACCACAGUGAUAUGUAAUGUUUGUGGUUUGUCGGAUUGUUGGGGUGCUUCCUCAUUCUUAAUAAUUCAAACGUAUGUGUCAGAGGUUGUUUUUUCUUUAACCAAUUUGUAAAACAAAUAUGAAUAUUUUGCUAAUUUUGUGUUUGACUUUGUUGAUUAUAAACACUGCUAGGAUAAAUGGACAGCAGUGUAUGGAUUUAAUGCCCCCAUUCGUGCCUUCAACACCAUUGUUGUUUUGUGAAGAGUACUCCAAAUAUGGAUGUUGUUCAUCAACUGACGACCAACAAUUAAGGCGGUUGUUUAACGACAUCAGGUUACAGAAUCGACAGAAUAACGCGAGACGAACCAGUUCAACAUGUUUACAGAACGUGAAAUCAUUCUUAUGUGCACGGUGCUCCCCAUUUUCUGCUGAAAUUUUUCAAAGAACAAUAAUCCAGCCUGGGUCUGGACACAUGCUCGGUUUGUUUCCGAGUCUAUGUGGCGGAUUAUGUAAGCAGUUCGUCAGGAUGUGCUCUAAUAUUUUGUUAGAUUAUUUCGCCAUUGUUGGCACAAAUGGAAAUAGGAUGGAAGAAGCAUUAUUCUCUCAACCAUUGACAAACUCGACUGCCACUGACAACUUUUGUAACAUUGUAAAAAUACCAUCUCACAAACGCCAAUAUUGUUAUCCCACGGUAGAUUCUACUCACGGUGAAAGUUCUAAAUUUACGGAAGACAGGACGAACAUUACCGAUUGUGUCUGUCUUCAGCCUUUAAGAAAAUCUCUUAGGAGUCCUAUAGUUAUUACAAAUGCAAAUGACGAUAGCGGCCGACUUUUCAUCGUUGAACAAAUCGGCACCGUUAAAGUCAUUCUACCAGACGGAAGUAGUCCUAAUAACGAUUUUCUAAAUAUUAAGUCAACUGUUUACGUAGGAAACAAAUUGUCCCAAUCAGGCCUCCUUGGUCUCACCUUCCAUCCAAACUUUAAAGAAAAUCAUAAAUUGUAUAUAUUCUAUACGUUAAAGAAAGACAAUGAUAGCGAUUUAGUAUCACGUGUAGAAGAAUUUCGCGUGAAUGAUACAGAUAUAAACAGUGUAGACACCAGCACGAGUAGAGUGAUACUCGAAAUAUCAAAAUAUAGCAGCAAUCAUGCAGGUGGACAGCUCUUAUUUGGUAAAGAUGGAUAUUUGUAUAUUUUUACCGGCGACGACGGGGGAGAUGGUGACGACAUGGAGAUCGCACAAGAUUUGUUUAUGCUGUCAGGAAAAGUUCUACGUAUAAAUGUUGACGUGACAGAUUUUAUAGCUGGCAAAGAAUACAGUAUACCUAGUGAUAACCCAUUCGCUGCUGAUGAAAGUUUGGGACUACCUGAGAUAUAUGCAUGGGGACUUCGUUACCCGUCAAAGUGUAGUAUAGACAGAGCGGUUUUAUCACUUACCAUUUUAGCUUUGUCCGACAAUCGUAUAUUUUGUGGGGACGUAGGUGCAGACACGUUUGAGGAAGUUAAUAUAAUCAGAAAGAAAGCCAAUUAUGGAUGGAACAUCAAAGAAGGGACAAUGGAUUUCUGUCCGGAAUGUUUGCGAGGAUUACCAGAAGUCAAAAUAACAUACCCAAUAUUUGAGUAUCGUCACACUAUAGGGGUAUCUGUAGUAGGAGGACAUAUAUACCGGGGGUGCGCUAGUCCAAACCUAUAUGGUCAAUAUAUAUUCGGAGAUUUAAAGAAUGGGGACAAUUUGAAACAGACUUGGAAAGGUGAGCGUCUACAGAUGUGUACAGCGUCUCAAUGCGUGGGAACAUUAACGAAUAAAAUCGAACCAUACAUCCUGUCAUUCGGAGAGAGUGAGGAAGGCGAGAUUUAUGUGUUAACAACAUCGUCACUUAGUUUAACCUCAUCCUACGGCCACGCCUAUAAAAUUGUGGAUCCUCUCAGGAGAGGUAAUCCAGACGAGUGUAAAUCAGCGAGACCGGUAUCUGGUAUCUCUUUAACAGGAGGCGUUUACCCUACCGUUACACCUCGUCAAAGAGAAAUAACAGUGCCGACCCAUGUAACGUCACAGACUACAGUUACACCUAGGAUAGCAACACGUAGACGACAACAGAGACCAACAUCUGAAACGCGGAGGAGGAAUCGGCAACAAAACACUAGAAGGAGAAAUAGAGGACCAGAGAGAGGUAACCAAAGACCAAGGUCAAGGUUGAGUUUCAUUCAAAGACUGUUUGGUCGGAGAGGCAACAAUAGAAACCAAUCACCGGCACACACAGGAAAUAAUCAACGACGUACAAAUAAUCCGGCUAGCAAUAGAACAUCGGGCAACCAGCAGACCAGGAAUGGGAUACGAACUAUCGGUGGUGGAGCAGUUGUUGUCAGUAACCAGGGAGCAACAGUUGUAAGGGUGAAUGGGAAAAGAUGACACUUUAAAACCCGACAUAAAGUUAUGAACUAGCAAGUUUUGACUUAAACUGAAUGAACUUCAGAUUCAUGUACAUACUUUACAUUGUGUGAGGCAAUGAAACUUACAUACUAGUGAAACUUUUUUCUGCAACCAUUAAAAUUAGAAAAUCAAUACAUGUAUU